AUGACGGUGGGGAUGAUCAACGCGAACCCGGUGGUGCACGAGCGGCCGGAGCGCGCCGCCCACCCCGCGCACGCGGCGCUCGACGCGCUCGACGUCUUCGAUACGGUGCGGGACAUCAAGGACCCGGAGCACCCCUACUCGCUGGAGCAGCUCAGCGUGCUCUCCCAGGAGUCCGUCUCCGUCGACGAGAAGCUCGGCCACAUCCAGAUAACCUUCACCCCAACUGUGCAACACUGCAGUAUGGCCACAGUGAUUGGUCUGUGCCUCAGGCUUAAGUUGAUGCAAAACUUCCCUCCGCAUUUCAAGAUUGACAUUAAGGUUGCUCCAGGAUCUCUUGCUAAUGAAGAAUCAGUAAACAAACAGCUGAACGACAAGGAGAGGGUCGCGGCGGCGUUGGAGAACCCCAACCUCCGGCAGCUGGUGGACGACUGCCUCUGUUCGGAUCAUCCGUCGUCGUACUAG